GGGCAACUGACUGCCGGCACUUUGAUGGAUCACGUGUGUGGAGGCCUCUUAAAGAGACAGGCACCUACUUUCCCUCCACCCUAACACCGCCCUGAGGUUGGCGGCGGCGGCGGCGGCGGCCGUGGUGAUUGCAGCUGCUCAGGGGCAGGGCUUGCCCCAGCGCGGAGUAGUGGCAACGGCGUGUUGCGUCGGGGGUGCCUGAGACUCGGGAACCCCGGGGCCUGAACCCGGCAGCUCUACUGGGCAGACACAUUCUCACCCAGAAGACGUGCUGCCGAAACAGCGCGGGGCAGCGGGACCGCCCCGAGGGGCUCCUCGGUUGAGGAGAGGGGUGGUUAAGGGCACAGGUGACAGGGCCGGAGGAAGAUGGAGCAGCCCGGGGCGGCGGCGUCGGGAGCGGGAGGCAGCAGCGAGGAACCCGGUGGGGGCCGAAGCAACAAGCGGAACGCAGGGAACCGGGCCGCCUACGAAGAGGAAACGAAAAACAAACCCAAAUUGAACAUUCAAAUAAAAACUUUGGCAGAUGAUGUGCGUGACCGACUUACAAGUUUUAGGAAAUCUACUGUCAAAAAAGAAAAACCUCUUAUUCAACAUCCUAUUGAUUCUCAAGCUGUGAUGAGUGAGUUUCCAGCAGCUCAGCCAUUAUAUGAUGAACGAUCUUCGAAUUUGUCAGAAAAGGAAGUACUGGAUCUUUUUGAAAAAAUGAUGAAUAUGAUCACAGCCGGACCUCCCAGGUGGCGCAGCAGUUGAGCGCCGCGCUGUGAAGCUGUCCGCAGCCUCUGCAGCGCCGGUUCGAUUCCCCGUCGGCCAGGGAGAACCCCACGUGGCGCAGCAUACCUCUCCUGCCUCACCCACUGCUCCCCUCAGCAGUGUAUUUCGUCCGUCUGCCUGUUCUGCUCCCAGCUCUGGCUCUGGUGAAUUCUCUCACCCUCACACGCUUCUGACCUGUA